UAGAAUGAAACUUGUCAGUUAACAGGAUUUAAAUUCCAGAUUAGUAGAGUUUUUAAUUUGUAAAUUUUAUUCGGCCAUUCGUAUUUGGCAGCUAUGGCGCUCAGUGCUUACUUUCGUGAGAGCAUUAAAGUGGGUCUUAUAAUGGGAGGCGGUGACAUGAUAGCACAGUUUGGAAUUGAAAAGAAAUCUUUUAAUGAGUGGAAUUAUGCCAGAACAGCCCGUUUUGGUGCCUUGGGCUUGGUGGUGGUUGGACCAGCGCUUCGCAAAUGGUACAUGACUUUGGACGGGAUGGUGGCUAAGAAACAGCCGACGCUACAGCGUGGAUUCAAGAAAAUGUUUAUUGACCAGACAUUAUUUGCGCCGCCAUUUACUUUAGCCCUGUCAUUCAUCAUACCAUAUAUGAAUGGCGAUGAGACUGAUAAAAUAAUCAGUCGCAUCAAGGAGGAUUAUUUCACAAUAAUGAAAGGUGGCUAUAUGCUUUGGCCAUUGGCGCAGAUCGUUAACUUUACUUUGGUGCCUCUGCAAUACCAGGUGCUAUAUGUUCAGAUUAUUGCACUUGCUUGGAAUUCUUUCCUAUCAAUGAUGCUGAACAAGUCCUCUUAGGGAAUUCUCGAAAUACAAUACAAAUUAAACUACAACUAUU